UCGCGUGCAGAUUUUAAAUAAAGAUGCGUGCAUUCAAUCCGAUACAUGACACUUGCUUAGAAUUGAGGGUUUAACGGCACUGUUUCCUGUGCAGCUGCCCCGUGCAGUCUCCUUGUUGCAGUGUCUCCUUCCCUGGUGUCGCUGACCUGCCGCUGCCUUCUCACUACAAGCGCCUGGCGCUCCAGGCCUUCGUCUUCAUGAACUCUGACCGCAGCACCACCCGUGACCUCGUUUAUCUACACUGCUCUAUCGUGGUGUGCGACAGCUCCAGCCCCAACUUUGUCACCGAGUGCAAUCGGCAGUGUGGGCAGACCAGGCGCUACAAGCGCAACACCGUCUCUGACGCUUCAAGCGUGGUAGGAAAGCACGUGGUGUCACUGCAGGGCCCCGUGCUCUUUGAAGAAGCUCAUGUUAACGAUGCAGCUCUGCUGUUGCUGGAGACUCCCUCCUCAUCAUGGGCCUCGGCUGGGACUCUGUCCUUUCUCCUCGUCAUUGCCACAGCCGUCGUUGCUCUCCUGUCUGCUGCCAUUGCCGUCAGGAGGCACAGGAGCCGGGCUGUGGCGCUUGACGGGAGUGGCUAUUGAUCACGACUAUUUGUGAUUUGCUGGAACUUGCAUGUCUUGCUGACCAUUGUGGUCUAAUAAAAUAAAAUGCUGAAAUUCGC